UCUAAAAAACACUACAGAACCACUACGCUAGAUCUGAAAAGAAUACUAAACCUAAUCCCAUAUAGCCUAGCCUAAUCGAGCACGCCGCCGCCGCCGCCGCGCCGGUUCAGCGCUGCCCUCACAUCGCCGGCAGCCCAGCCCUCACGCUGCGGCCGUGGCGCCGUCCUCUACGCCCUCCGUCGCCGCCGUCCUCUACGCCCCUCUGCCGCCGCCGAAGCUCUCCACGGCAACAACCCUCUCCGCCGUCGACGGCACCCUGUAGUCUUGCACGCCUCCGACUUCUGCACCCGAAAAUUAUUAUCCAACACAUACAAUAGGUCAGGAUUUUAUUUGUACUUAUGCUAGCCAUGAUUCUUCAAAGCAGGCCUAAUAUGUGAACGAUCUGAACCGUGAAGUCUGAAACUGUGACUACUAACCUCUGUUUCCAGUCUAGUACUGUGAGUCUGACCAGAGCACUAUUGUGAUUUGAGCUGAACUAGUAUGUCUAUGUUUUUGAUUCUUUGAUAGUUUUUGUGUUGCCGAAGCUGAAAAUAUAUGCUUAAAUGGGUAUCUUAUUACAUAACCAUGAUAUAUAUCAUAAUAUUCUGUAGUCAUGUUUGCAAAUUGAACAAGUUUGUUGGUUUGCUUUUUCUUCUUCUAUGGCUGGUGGCUAACUCUUGUUUUGACUUUCUUGAAUGCUCGAUGGAACUUUUCUUGCAGAGACAGGCUGAGAUUGUUAAAUGGCAAAGAGAAAGAUGGGUUCAGAAGAGGACAUACGUGGAAAAACGGUGAAAAGAAAGGGACCGAGGCUUCAGCUGACUAGCCUGCCAACGGUAUGGGAAAUUUGUAUUGGAGUAUCAAGUUAGAAUCACGUUAGGAAUGUGCUGCUAUUCUCCUUCCUCAGCAUUUUUCUUUCUCGAACAUUCUCCUACGUCGGCAUGAUCUUCCACAUAACAUGGCAAAAUAUGUAUUGUUGCUCAAUCCAAAAUUUCAUUGAUGUAGGAAAUUCUCUGUUGUAUCUUGUCGCAACUGCCGAUAAAAGAAGCUGUGCGGACUAGCAUACUGUAGGAACAGUGGAGAUGUCUUUGGCGUUGCCACUCGAAUAUAGCAUUCAGUCUUAUAUCAAUGUUGCCAGCAGUUCCUCGUAAUCGUAUCAUUGGAGCGCUAAAACUUGAUGAUAAUAAACUGAGGAAGCAAGAGUUUAUUUAGAGAGUUGAUGCAGUCCUAGAGAGACACAGUGGUGCAGGGGUUGACAGGAUUCAGUUUCGUGCUCCAUUUGAUAAUAAGCAUAGAGACCAGAUAGAAAGAUGGGUGAACUUUGCUACUGCCUCGAAGGCGAAGCAGAUUAUUUUCGAUUUCUUGACCGCCAGCGACAUAAGCCGGCCAUGUAACUUCGAUUUGCAUCUUCUUGAUGAUAGUAAAAGUUUAAGCUUGCGGUCUAUAAAACUCUGCUCUGUUUCUCUAAAGGUGCCCAUGGGAUUCAAGGGUUUUCAGAACCUUAAAUCGACUUACCUAGCAGACACAAAUAUUACUGAUGAUGGUCUUCAACAUUUGAUGUCCAACUGCAGUGUUCUAGAGUUCCUUGGAAUUGUAGGUUGUGCAAUGCUUACAACGUUGCAAAUAUCUCAUCCUUCAAACACACUUAAGCAUUUGCAUGUAUAUGACUGCUGUUUGCUUCAAGGGAUGGAGUUAAACUUUGGUCUGGUAAGACUUGAGUACAGAGGUCUGCCGAUUGUGUUAUCGCCUCCUGGAACCUUGCUUCUAACAAAUAUGUGCAUAAAGUUGGAGGGUAUUUGUACUUCUCUUGAAUACAUCUUCACCAAACUUCGUGAUAAUGUGCCUCGUCUCGAGGUUCUGAAUCUAAAAUGCCAGGAGUAUAAGAUGACUACAUUGCCAGGAGAGCUGCAUGAGUUUGUUUAUUUGAAGCACCUGAUAUUGGAGUUAACUUUUGAGAGCUGUCAGAGAGGGAAGACUGAUAUCCUUCAAUUUGCCUGCCUUCUGGUUGCUUCUCCUUCCUUAGAAAAGCUUGAAUUUCAUAUGUGGCUGCGCUGGGGUCGGGAACGGUAUAGAGCCGAGGACGGGAGUCUCCGGAGCCUUCCUUCCCAGCCACACUCCCAUCUCAGGUCGGUCGAUAUCACGGGGUUUUACGGCGAGAAGGACCGGCUGGAGCUUGUGCUCCACAUCCUCAGAGAUUCCGUUGCGCUGGAGUCGAUGAAGGUAGAUCCAAGCCCUGUGGUUGCUGCUGAUGUUAACCGACUUGGGGGACUGGGGAGCAUGCAUGUUCCUCAUUUUGUGGAUGGCUAUGAAGUCGCCCUUGAGUUCCUCUGCAGCAAAGACCGUCGCAAUGUUGUCCAUGUCGCAGAGCCUCUCGCCGGUCUGGGGGUGCUUAGGCUCGGCGCGAGCCCCGAUAUCAUCGAGAGGGCCCGACGUGGGUCUUCCCCCCUGAGUCCAUGCAACAGUAGUGCAAAGGCAUCCUGGCAACGUGUGAAGAGGGUGAAGCGAUUGUCGCGGCCUUCCUCCAGCCGAGGAGCUUCCUGAAGCUGCUCUAUAUACCGGCAAGUACCUGGAAACAGAAGAGAAGCAAAAGAAUCCAGCUCUGCGGACGUAAUAGAGCCGUCAUGUUGUGGGUUCCCUGAGGUUGCUAUAUUUUCUGGCUUUGUUGUGUUAAAAAACCUUCAACGAUUUCAGCAACUUUUGUGUUAGGAUCUAAGUAGUGAUCGCCUGAUCUAUUACACUUGCUCACGAA